UAUCCAGCGGCCGCUUGAGAGAAGAGUGAGCACUCGACAUAGUUCGAAGAAAAAGGCUAUGCUCCCCAAAACGAUAGGUCAGAUGAAACAAAGACUGUAGUACCAGAAGGUGCAGUGCCAGCUGACAAGCAAGCUCUGGGCGGAAGUCCAUCCCAUCGACCUCGCCACGAUGGUUGUGUCCUGAAUGUCAGACGCGGCUGUUGCCUACGUCCUGGGCUCCGGAAGCAUCUCCAACGUUGAGGCAGCCAAGACGUGGAACAGUGCUGGCCUCUACAGCCUAGUGCAGAGCUUCGAUUCGCAGCGAUCUGGCAUAGACGUUGGAGCGACCUCGGCUUACACACUGCAGAGCGCUCGACUGCAUCCCCCAAUUUACUCUCACGGGCAGCCUGUCGCAAUAGCACACGGUAUUGUCGUGGCAAGCACACGGUAUCAUCGUAGCAACUGCCUUCGUAUCGGGCUUCGUAUCGGGAACGAUGGAUUCUACUGUCGCGUACAUUCGUGCAUCUGCAGGCUCUGUGGUCGAGCAUGACAAGCCUCCUGACUGGGAAGCAAAGUAUCAUGCUCCUCGCCAUCCAAAGAAUUGAGGGACGAGGAGGAAGAAUGUGAAGCGAAGACC